AUCGGUUCUUCUGUGAGGAGAACAGGAGGCAGAAACAUCAGUCGGUAGUAGCGUAGUGUGAACACAACAGCUCGUUUCUUGGACUCAUCUCUCAUCAGGCUUCUCGCUGCCGUGAUCCCGCUCGAAGCAAUGCAGUCGCGCACGCACAUAGACGAUCUUCCUAACGACGUUCUUGCUAGAAUACUAUGGCACUACGGGCAGAUAGCGCCUCCGAAAUCAAACAGCGACGUCUUUUGGGACCCCGAUUCCCUCAACCCGAACUUUCGGAGUCGCUCCAUAUCUGCAAGCUAUUCAGAUGAUAAGUACAAUCGUCAAGAGAAGAAGGAGAUUCCGUUAGAAGAUACUCGUAUGGAGAAAACCCCGUUAGAAGCACCUCCCGCUUCAGCUAAUGCUCACCGGAUCUUCCGCCUCGCGUCCGUCUGCCGUCGCUGGCGCCGCGUUUCCCAUCGUUACGUCUCGACCCUACUCAUCGGCGAAAAUCUCGUCGUUUCUCGCCGGGACCUCGCGAAUGCCGUCGCAUCUUUCGCGAACCUCACCCAUCUCCACCUGUGCGACGGCAGCGUGGAAACCCUCGACGACGCGUUCCUCGCUCACCUCGCCACGUCAUGCGGGCCUAAGCUAACAAUCCUCCACGUGGGAAGCGGAUCCGCGCCGGCGAUAGCGUACGUCGGGAGGAAAGACGAGCACCCGAUCACAGACGUUGGCCUGGACCUAUUCUUUCAGCAGUGCACUCAGCUGGAGCAGCUGUCGCUCUUCUGCCUUCACGGUGACGUGGACUUACCCUCUUCGUUCUACCGGCUAUCAAAUCUCCAUACCCUCGCGCUCACCAACGCGGCGACGCUCGACGCUCCGGAAUUUCCGAACCUCACGUCGCUCACGAACCUCCAUAUCGUGGCCUCCAAAGUCACCUACAAGCAGCUCGCGAAUCUCGCUCGCCUCCCCAGCAUCACGCGACUAUCCCUCUCAGACGACACCUACUCGCAUCCCGGCGGGUUCGGCUGGGCCGGGCUCGACAUCUCUCUGCUGCCAUCGCUGAGGUCGCUCAAAUUCGACCAGUUUUUCCCGGCGAAAGGGACGUUUACGCGCCUCGAACGGCUAGACAUCCUCGAGUCGUUCGCGUCGUAUAUCAUCCCUGACGAAAUCGGUAACCUGCUGCCGUGCCUUCGCGAGCUGUCCAUUCGCCGCUGCUCGCGUCUGACCCACCUCCCCGAAACCCUAACCUCUCUCUCUCGCCUGGAGACCCUCCGAGUCUCCACGUGCCGCUUGCUUUCCAGCCUGCCCGAGAAUCUCGGGCACCUUCGCGCGCUGAAAACCCUGGUUCUGGAGGGAUUAGCGGCUCUGGAGGAUCUCCCAGACUCCAUCUGCGAGCUCUCCUCCCUGGAAUCUUUCCUCCUGAUAGAAUGCCCGGAAAUCCCCGAGCUGCCCACAGAAUUCUCCCGCCUCACAGCCCUCAAAACCCUCUCCCUGGAAAAUCUGGAGCUAGAGUCCCUUCCAGAGAACAUUGGGGAGCUUCCCAACCUGCAGACGAUUUUUCUGGGCGGACGGUACCUGUCAGCGGAAAUUUCGCCGUCGUUCACGCAGCUGACGUCACUCACACGGCUGGAACUGCACGGGUGCAUGAUACAGGAGCUUCCACAGGACUUAGGGAACCUGGGUAACCUCCGGGAGUUACACAUCCGCUCCUGCCGCCUCCUCAGGGAGAUCCCAGAGUCCCUGAUUCGCCUCACGAGCCUGGAAACCCUAAUCAUUGCUGACGAGGAUAAGGAUCUUUCCGGGUUCUUGCUGAUCCCGAGGAGUCUGGACAAUCUUGGGAGGCUCAAACGGCUGGAGGUGUCCGGGUGGGGGUAUCCGAGCGAGCCGUCGGAGUGCCUGCCGCCCUCCCUUGAGGUGCUGAGACUGAGGGGGCGGUCCUACCAGGCGACUGACAUUGCCAGGGUUGCCCUGCUGCCGAAUUUGAGAAGCUUGAGCUUGAAGCCGGUUGCUGCUGGGACAAGACUGGCUGGGGGAGGCCUGGCUGGGGAAAGCCUGGCUGGGGGAAGCCUGGCUGGGACGAGCCUAGCUGGGAGUAGCCUAGUUGGGGGUAGCCUAGUUCGGAGUAGCCUGGAUGGGAGAUGUCUAGCAUGGGAAAGCCUAGCUGGGGAAAGCCUAGCUGGGGAAAGCCUAGCUGGGGAAAGCCUAGCUGGGGAAAGCCUAGCUGGGGAAAGCCUAGCUGGGGAAAGCCUAGCUGGGGAAAGCCUAGCUGGGGAAAGCCUAGCUGGGGAAAGCCUAGCUGGGGAAAGCCUAGCUGGGGAAAGCCUAACUGGGGAAAGCCUAGCUGGGGAAAGCAUAGCCGGGGAAAGCAUAGCCGGGGAAAGCAUAGCUGGGGAUAGCCUGGUCGGGACAAGCCUAGCUGGUGGCCGAAUCUUCCCGUGCCUGCAGCACCUGGAGCUGACCUUACAGGAUGAUGCAGUGGAGAUCCCUUUGUCCCUGGAGCUUCUCCCUCUGCUGCACACCCUCUCAAUCCGCGGGGCAGCAGGGUUGAGAAGGCUCCCAGGGAAUCUUGGGUCCACUCUGCAGCAUCUGCGGCAGCUGCAGUUAGAGAAUGCAGGGGAGCUGGAGUCACUGCCAGAAAGCAUCACUCAACUGCAGCAGCUGCAGCAGCUGCGGAUAGAGAAUGUGGGGAAGCUGGAGUCGCUGCCAGAAAGCGUUACUCAGCUGCAGCAGCUGACUUCCCUGGAGGUUUCCGAGGCUCCCAAGCUGGCUUCUCUUCCCAAGGGCAUCGGCGCGUUAUCGAGGCUAAGGGAACUCACCCUGAAUGAAUGUCCCGGCGUAGAGUACCUACCAGCAUCUCUCACGCAACUCGCAUGUCUGACGCAUCUCAGUCUUCUGAACAGCUCUAUUCGUUUCCUGCCGGGUGGGUUCAUUCAGCUCACCCAGCUGCGGAGCUUGUCCCUGCACGGUUGUGAGCGGUUGGAGGCGUUUCCGGAGAGUUUUACAGCGCUGACGAUGCUCCGCGUUCUGGAUGUGACGAAGUGCGCGCAUUUGUUGGAGGGUGAUGGGGUCAUCAAAACCCUCAAGGCACGGGAGGUUUUCCGGGUGUACGGGCUGAGGAUCCACGGGUUGCACUAGCGGCUGCAGCAGGUGGCGUGCUACAGCAGGUGGGCAGGAGGUGUGGGUUGAGGCAGGGGGGAGGUGUGGGUUGAGAUGGGGGAGGUGUGGGUUGAGAUGGGGGAGGUGUGGGUUGAUACACUUUUGAGGCGCCAAGAGAUCGACUCUAAGCUUCGAGGAGGUUGUAUUGGAGGAGAUGGUGCUGCGGCAGCAGAUGGGGAGGAGGUGUGAGUUUGAGCUAAGGAGUAGGUGUGGGUUUGACCAAGGAUGUUCGAAUAAUGGAAUGAACUAGAUUGUGCCAUAUAGGGAGGUUUUGUGCUAUGGUGUU